AGAUGACUGAGGUCAGUAGCUUUUACACACACACACACACACACACACACACACACACACACACAUCACAUCCAUAACUUGCUUCCGAGGGCGCCAGGAGAGGACUUGUGCGUAUUGUCGGGUUAAUGCACCGUACAAAAAAAACAAAAACAAAACAAAAAACACCCGCAUAGCUCCAUUCAGAGGACCGUCAGCAUCAACUCCGAAGGAUGAUCCGAGUGUAUCUCUUCUGAUGAGUUCUUGUGGGUUUCGAUCACCGGCGCUUCUCUCUGCAUGACCUGGUGUCUUCCCCCAGCCCCUCCGUAGCCAAACAGAGCGUUUUGAAUUCGGUGGUGCUGGUGAUGUAACGCUUUUCAUCUCAGUGCUCAUUCCACAACUGUAGCCUCCUCUCCCAGAGCAUGGGACCCUUCAAACUCUAAAGUGAGAGGCACAAGAGUCAAACCAGAGAGAGAGAGAGAGAGAGAGAGCGAAACGAGGGAAAAAUCUGAGAGGAAAGGAAUGAUGGAGUCCAUAUUAUCGGAGCAGUCGGCCACGGUGGACGAGCUGGUGGAAACGUGCAUCCAAGCCUUCGAUGAGAAGGGCGCUUUGAAGGAUGCCUCCUUGGUCCGGAUGUUUCUCAUGAUGCAACCUUGGUAUAUCCCUUCAACCGACAUGGCUAAGAAGCUAGUGCUGAAAUCUCAAGAGGAGAGCUGCACUGCUGAGCGUCGAACAAGAAUAUGCCACCUUGUCAAGUACUGGAUCUCUGAGUUUCCAGCAGAGUUCAAUCUGAAUCCAGAGCUGGCGGACCAGAUCAAAGACUUUAAAGACCUCUUGACCACCGAGGGCAACGAGCGCCAGAGUCAGCUCAUUGACCUCGAUAGUGUGCCAUCAUAUAAAUGGAAGCGGCAGGUGACUCAGCGUGUCCCAUCAAUGUCCAAAAAGAGGAAAAUGUCCCUGCUGUUUGACCACCUUGAUUCCUGUGAACUGGCUGAACACCUGACCUACUUGGAGUACAAAUCCUUCUGCAAGAUACUGUUUCAGGACUACCACAGCUUUGUGAUGCAUGGUUGCACAGUGGAUAACCCCAUCCUGGAGCGUUUCAUCACCCUUUUCAACAGCGUCUCCCAGUGGAUCCAGCUCAUGGUGCUCAGCAAACCCACCGCCCCGCAGAGAGCUGCCGUCAUCUCCCACUUCAUCAGAGUGGCACAGAAGCUGCUGCAGUUGCAGAACUUCAACACGCUGAUGGCGGUGGUGGGCGGCCUCAGCAACAGCUCCAUCUCUCGUCUCAAAGACACACAGACCCACAUCAGCGCAGAGACCAACAAGGUUUUUAACAACCUCAUUGAACUGGUGACAUCAUGUGGGAACUACAGUCAAUACCGCAAGCGUUUCUCUGAGUGCUCGGGCUUUCGAUUUCCCAUCCUCGGCGUGCACCUGAAAGACCUUAUAGCCGUGCACGUGGCGCUGCCAGACUGGGCCGACAAAGAGAAAACACGGGUCAACCUGACUAAGACCCAACAGCUGUACACCAUCCUUCAAGAGCUGGCGCUGAUCCAGACCACACCGCCUAACAUCGAUGCCAACACAGACCUGCUCAACCUGCUUACGGUGUCUCUGGACCAGUACCACACAGAGGAAGAGAUCUACCAGAUGUCUCUUCAGAGAGAACCUCGCAAGCCAGCGCAGAACUCCAGCCCCGCCCCCGCGCCUGACCCCAAGCCCACCAUGAUCGAUGAGUGGGCUGUGUCGGUGAAGCCCAACGCCGACCCGACGAUCAUCAAGAAACACAUAGAGAAGAUGGUGGAGUCGGUCUUCAAGAACUUCGACACAGACGGUGACGGCCACAUCUCCAGGGAUGAAUUUGAAGCAAUCAGGAACAACUUCCCUUACCUCAGCAAGUUUGGAGAACUGGACAAGAACCAAGACGGGAAGAUCAGUAGGGAAGAGAUGAUAGACUACUUUAUGAAAGCCAGCUCUCUGCUUAACUGCAAGAUGGGUUUCAUCCACACUUUUACUGAGGCCACCUACGUCAAGCCCACGUUCUGCGAGCACUGCGCCGGCUUUAUAUGGGGCUUCUACAAGCAAGGCUACAAGUGUAAAGCCUGCGGGGUGAACUGCCACAAGGCCUGCCGAAGCCGUCUGGCUGUCGAGUGCCGGAAGAGGACCAAGAGCAUCAGCCACGAGACGCCGCCGGCCCUCCAGGCCAGAUCCUACAGCUUCCCUCCACCUGCCAACACCCCACCGAGCCUGCAGAACACAGUAAUUGCUGAAGAGGAUAUAGAGACAGUGGAGGAAGGCGUGUUUGAUGUCCACCUAUAACCAGGAGCCUUGAACUGAGGUGUAAUUUUGAUGAACAGGCCAGUGACAGCCUCCAGCUCUCUAUUUUAGAAUCCCUCCUACGGUUGGUGUGCAAGAAGCCAAAACAGCGACUGUCGGGAGCCAGACACAGAAUGUGCUACAGUAUGUCAGUUUUACAGCCCUCAACACAGAGGAGAAAUUGCACUGAACACAAGCCAGGAUACCUACAUGCUGCCACACAGUGGACACAUACUGCAACAUCAACUCCACUCCAGCUAACUCACAUGAAUGUGAUGACCAAUGUGAAUGGAAUGUCUUUGUAUUAUUUCUAUGUAAAAUUUCUGCAUUUUGAUUCUAUGUCGGCCAAGAGUGUUAACUGUAAAACUUACUAUAUAUUCAAAAAAAUCCACAAAAUUGUAUUUUCUUGGUGGAAUGUUACAAUCAGUAAUUUAAUUUAAUUUAUAAUGAGCGCUUUUUGCUGCAAAUUGGAAUGGCUGUCUACUUUUUUCUUUAAAACAUAAAAGAGGUGCUGUUAUUGCCAAGAAUGUAUACCUGCCACCCAGACUAAGCUACUGUCUUCUUUUGAAAUACAUUUCAAUGGACCAAUAAUAGGACCAAUUUUGAUGUCAGAUAAAGUGUAGUUUAUUUGUGGUGCCCAUCUGAAGCGUUAUUACACAAGCACCCAUUUUGCCAACAAAAGAAACAGCCGAAAUGACUGUGUGGACAGUUAUAAUUAGGAUGGACUUUGAACUAUGUUAUAUUUUUGUCAUGUUUACCUGAAUAUCAGUAACUGUCCUAUAGUUAUUGCUAUUGUGUUGUUUUCAGUGUACAGUACUGUCUUUUACCAGUGCACUGAUAGAUGAUCUAUCCUCUUGCAGUAAGUACCGUGAAUGUAGCAGAAACAGUGAAAUGCUGCUGUCAGAUGAAAAACAAAUUCUUCCGAAUAAAUAUGAUGACAGCAGAGAGCAGGAAAAUGGUUAACUUCCCACUGAUUCCUGUGUCAGUUUUUGAAUGAGCUUUGGAGUCAGUAAAAAUAAAAUAAUUAAAAGAAUACUACAAAACCUGGAGUAAUGAGGCUUUUCAUUUGACAGCAGCAUAUAAAUAUUAUUACCCUGAGAAUCUGUUUAGAUGCAAGUUGUAUUUUGCUGUUUUAUCCUGCAUGCUUCUCCCUUCAUGGCUCUAUUCUUUGGCCAGACGUCUCUCUUGCUAAGGAUUUUAUAUUUUUUAAUGUUGCACGCCAAGUUAUCAUUUAUUUAGGAAACAUGAAGUCUUGAAAUUCCAGACAGAGGAAAUAUUUCUGUUGCGUUGUGCCCGUGGAGAGAUGAAUUCAGAUUUCAAGUGCCAUAUUGUUAACUGCUGGUUUGUCAUCGAAUGAGACAACUCACAUUGCUGGUAUUUAUUUUUCUGUAUAAAUAGCUAAAUAGCUGCCAGUCCUUUUGUGUUACUCCCUGUCUGACGAAGGACGUUUGUUGUCAUUCUGUGAAUGAAUCUUUCAGACUGAUGUAAUGCUACUCCUUGUGGUCCCCAGACUAUUCCCCAGUAUUAAACGCAGCAGGCAUCACUCUAA